CGAUCGGGAAGACUGUUCCCAAGGACUAAAUCUAGAAUGAAUAACGGCUUCAGCACCGGCGAGGAGGACUCGCGUGGCGCGGCGGAUCAGAUCUGCUGCCUCGUCGACGAGGGCGAGCGAUGCUCCCGCCCGGCCGGCAACGCGUCCUACAGCAAACGCAUCCAGAAGACCGUCACUCAGCGGCGGUUGAAGCUCAACCUGGAUCAGAUGGCGCGGCAUAUAUACAUCUGUGAUUAUCACAAGCAAGUGAUCCAGUGUGCGAGAACGAAGCAGCAGCAGCAGCAGCAGCAGCGAAGGCGCAAAGAUUCUGAAGAGGACUCGGGCGAAACUGACAACGACGUCCCGGAGGUCGAUCUCUUCCAGCUGCAAGUCGGCACUUUAAGGAGGUACAAGAGGCACUACAAGGUUUCUACUCGGCCAGGUCUUAACAAGGCUCAGUUAGCGGACACCCUCAUGAAGCAUUUCAAGACCAUCCCCGUUGUGGAGAAGGAAGCUCUGAGCUUUUUUAUAUAUACAGUUAAGACAAAUGCAAAUAAGUUAGACCAAAAGAACGGUUUAAGCAGCAGUGACACGACGUAACGCUAUGUGGCAGAAAUUUUCAUACGUCGUUAUUGUAAUAUUGUAUGUCAUACAUUAUUAUGUGAUAAUUAAGGAUUAAUAUCAAUUUUUACUUGUUAUUAUUUUAUAAGAAACUGUGCAUUAAAAAAAAUAUAUAUAUAUGACAAAUAGAUGUAUAUACAAUAAUAUAUGUAAAAAAAUAUACAUCACAAGCAUACAUGUCUAUAUGUUCUACCGUGCACACUACAAAAGUAUAUAUGUUCUGCCGAAAAACAAAAUAUAUAUAUAUAUAUAUAUAUAUAUAUAUAUACAUAUACAUACAUACACACAUGUUCUUCCGUGCACAGCACAACAUAUAUACACAUAUAUAUGUAUGCUAAUAUCAAACUCAUUGGUUGUUAUUUUACUUUCUUUUUCAUUGCUCUUCUCGUAUAGUGUAAGAAACUGGCGCAAAAUAAAUGUACAAAAUGCGUGCUCGCAAUUGCGUUUUAGAAAUUGUGGGCGACGAUAUAUUUUAGAAAAAAAUUGGCCGGAAAAGACAAGUGCGCAAUUAUGACAGAAAUAAACGACUUCUGUGAAGCCACAA